ACCCUUUUGAGUGUAGAGCAGGACUCAAACUAAGCCACUUGACCCAAAGGGGAAGGAAGAGCUCUCCGCAAACGUUUCACAAGAAGUCACAAGAUUUCAGCUCUGGGGACAGAGGGCAGCAUGGUCACACAAUCAGACAUGAUUACUCUGGCCGUUCCUCUCCUCUUCCAGCUCUCCGUCUCUCUGGUCUGCUUGGCAGAGAGCCGUAUGCUCUGCCGCACGGUGAUCAGCCAGCCAGAUGAGGUCACAGCGUUCACUGCAGCCCGCGCCACCAUCCUGCCCUGCAAUGUCACCCACCGAUGCCCCAACAUAGCCUCCCCCAUCCGUUGGUUUGUGUUCCGCCGCGACCAUCACGAGGAGAUCCACGUUCAGCUCCGCAAAUACAGCAUGGACGGCAGGGACCUCACCAUCCACUCCCCCCAAACCAACGACAGCGGGGUGUACUACUGCUCCACCGCCAUGUCCUCCACCACGACUGUGGUGGUGCCCAGCAUCGGCAACGGAACACGCCUUGUGGUGAGAGAAAAACCUAACACCACCACCAUGACAGCACUGCUGUGGACGCUGUUCGCUGUCCUGGCUCUGUACAGCCUGCUCAUUCUCUCACUACUCAUCUGCAAGAAGACCAGAAGAGAGAUCUUCAGGAGUAAAAGGAGGAACACGCCAGAGAAGAGAGGCUCCACCAGGAGACUGCAUUUCCACGCAGUGGUGCAAGAACUGUACGGGAAAGGGAACUUACGAAGCGCAGGCCAGAACACCGCACACUCUCACCACGGCAGGUUUGAGAAUCCCCACGCCUACUCACCAGAUGAGGAUGUGUACCAGAACAUGUGAUCGGCUCGUGCAAAAGACAGUGUAUUCCAAAACUCUAAGCCUCACUACUGUCUGACAUCAUCAUGGCAACAGAGGAAAGGGAUGUGCAGGGAGAAAGAGAUGUGGUCUUCUAUCUUCAUAAGCUAACCUGCACCGGGUACAGAGGAUGAUUAGAAUCGGGUAUAGAGGGAGACAGAUGGAAUAUGAGACUG